UCCAAACACUUGAAUUGUUUUGAUAUUGCUGAUAAAGAUGACCUCUACUGUAGGUCCACCGCCAUACUAUGAAAAUCGUGGCUUUCAGCCAGAAAAUGUCUGUUCUGCCAGGCAGCCAGUAGGUGCUAACCCGUAUCCCCAGUACUUCACAACAAAUGCUCCGUCAGUGCCAAGCUAUGUCCCAAAGGUUGAUACCUAUCAGUCGAGUAGGCCAAUAGCGCAUUCAUCCAGGAGAACAUGUUCAUCAGGUGUAAAGAAAGCCAUAAUCAUUAUAGUAACUAUUUUAAUAGUCAUUUGUUGUGCAGUUGCUGCUUUCUUCAUUUGGUAUUUUGUAGAGAAUCGUUGUCUUGGCUCCUUAAUUGAGUGUGGAUCUUCAGGAGUGUGUAUACCACCCUCGCAGUGGUGUGAUGGAGUGAGCGACUGCCCCAGUGGGGAGGACGAAAACCGGUGUGUUAGACUUUUUGGACCAAACUUUAUCCUGCAAGUUUAUUCACCUGUCAGCAAAUCCUGGUAUCCUGUUUGUCAAGAUGACUGGUAUGAUGAUUAUGGGAAGACUGCAUGUAAAGACAUGGGCUACAGUGUAGAUACAUACUACUACAGUCAAGGAGUAGCAACUGAAGAUGGCUUUAAAAGCUACAUGAAGCUGAAUGCAAGUGCUGGGAAUGUAGACUUGUACAAAAAGUUGUAUUGCAGUGAUUCCUGUACAUCAGGAAAGGUGAUUUCUCUGCGUUGCAUACAGUGCGGCCUCUCCACUAAAAGCGUCAGCAUCAUGAACAGAAUUGUGGGCGGCAGCGGGGCGGUGCUGGGGCAGUGGCCAUGGCAGGUCAGCCUCCACGUGCAGGGCACCCACAUCUGUGGAGGCUCCAUCAUCACCCCUCAGUGGAUAGUGACAGCUGCCCACUGCGUGGAAGGACAAUUUUCUGAACCGCACAGCUGGAGGGUUUAUGCUGGGAUUCUGAAUCAGAAUGAGAUGAUCAUCAAAAAUGGUUACAAAGUGCAACAAAUAAUUUCCCACCCAGAUUAUGAUACAGAUUCUAAAGACAACGAUGUCGCCCUUAUGAAGUUAGAGACAUCGUUGAGUUUUACUGAUACUGUACAGCCAGUUUGUCUGCCUAAUCCAGGAAUGAUGUUUGAGCCUAAUCAGGAGUGCUGGAUAUCUGGAUGGGGAGCAGAGAGCCAAGGAGGUAAAACAUCAAAUAACUUGAAUUAUGUUAGGGUGUCCUUAAUAGAACAGUCUACGUGUAAUUCUGUCUUUGUCUAUAAUGGUGCAAUUUUGCCUACAAUGAUCUGUGCUGGAUAUCUAGAAGGAGGAAUUGAUUCCUGUCAGGGUGACAGUGGAGGUCCUCUAGUAACUAACAAAAACUCCUUGUGGUGGCUGGUUGGAGAUACUAGCUGGGGAUCUGGCUGUGCUACUCCCAAUAGACCAGGAGUGUAUGGGAAUAUGACUGUGUUUACAGAUUGGAUUUAUAAAAAUAUGCAGGCAAACCGAUGACAAUGCUGGCUGUCCUCCUUGCUGAUCAAUGUUUCUGAGAACAGGAAUAAAUGAAGCCAUGGGUGCCUGGGAUAUUUAUUCACUUUGCAAAUGAUUUUUUUUUCCUCUUUGAAUUAUUUAAAAAAAAUAACAUGAAGGAUUGCACACUCGGUUCUGUGCUGGCUACAGUGACUGAUCUUAAUCAAUGAAGGAUUAUCACAAUGAUCACCUUUCUUCUUGUGGUGGUCUUGUGCCUGGCAGAAACUGUUCUGUCACCUGCUUAAUGAAAUGUUUCCUUCUAGUUGAGUAACUCUGACUUGAUAAUCAGGUACAGGCUUAUAAUGGCAAUUUUAAUCAAAUUUAAAGAUUUUUGUAGCAGGAUGAUGAGACGGUUUAGUAACGUUUUAAAUUAAAUGUUAAAUAAUGUGAAUGUUGACUCUCUGAGCUGCUGGUUGGCAAUUUAAAAAUAAAUAAAUGUUUUUUGGUAUAGAAUCACAGAAUGGUUUGGGUAGGAAGGGACCUUAAGGACCAUUUAGUUCCAACCCCCCUGCCAUGGGCAGGGACACCUGCUAGACCAGGUUGCUCAAAGCCCUGUCUAACCUGGCUUGAACACUGCUAGGGAUGGGGUAUCCACAUUUCUCUGUGGGUACCUGUUCCAGUGCCUCACCAACCUCAUAGUACAGAAUUUCUUCUUAAUACCUAAACCUAAAUCUACCCUCUUUCAGCCUGAAGCCAUUCCCCCUUGUUCUGUCCCUACAUGCCCUUGUAAAAAGUCCCUCUCCAGCUUUUCUGUAGGCCCCCUUUGGGUGUUGGAAGGCUUCUGUGAGGUGUUCCCUGAGCCUUCUCCAGACUGAAUAAGCCCAACUCUCUCAGCCUGUCUUCACAGCACAGGUGCUCCAGCCCUCUGAGCAUCCUUGUGGCUCCUUCUGGACUCGCUCCAACAACUUCAUGUCCUUAUUAUGUUGGGGGCCCCAGAGCUGAAUGCAGUACUGCAGGUCGGGUUUCAUGAGAGCAGAGUAGAAGGGGAGGAGUAUAUGUAUGAAGGGAAGUUUUCAUGCAUUAUGGUAGAGGCACACAAAAAAAAAAAACCCAACUGUGUAUUCAGGUAAUUAAAAGCCCUCAGUAUCUCAGCACAGCAGUCAUCCAAGUCAGAUUGUCUGAAGUGAGACCAGUCCGACUGUGCUGUUCUGCCUUAAGCUUCUCUGAACCCAAAAAGGGCAAACCCUGCUGUCACUCUUGAUGUAGGCUGUGCUCCAGAGCUGUAGCAGGAAGCAGUGAAUUAAGUGUCCCAAAGGUGAGGUUCCUGGCUGCGUGCAUUGAGGUUGAGUCUUGAACUCUCCCUGCUGAGAAAGGCAAAAGGCAAAGUUUUUCAGUAAGGCUGUGUUGCAAGCGCUAGACCUCCAAUUGCAGACACACGUACAGAGGCUGGAUAUUUUAUACAAAGAAACACAAAUUCGCAUUUCUGUGUAACCAGAUGAACUACCUCAUUUAUAAAAUUUGGCUUUUAAUUCCUUACAGCUCUCCUUUUGUGUAUCUGCAUGUAUGUUUUUAGCAAAAUGUAAUUAAUGUCAAGAGUGCCACCUCAAGUAUGAUUUUGAAACUUAUAAUCAUAGUGCAAAGGAUCAAAAAGCCAUAACCAGUCUAUUUUAAGACAGAUACAUCUUUUGAAUGAAAUGACUCCACUAGUCUUGUUUUCUCCUUUAGUACUGAAGUGCAAUUAUCUUGCAUGUAAACACUGCACCAAAUAAAUUUUUUUUU